AAUAAAUAUAGAGGUACCCCGUUUCAACGUUUGUCAUGGGACAUCACUAUACUAUCGAUAUCGACAUUUUAAGGUUGGAUUGUGUCCCAACACUUUUUGCGACACUAGCGCUAUGCGGCUAUAACGGAACUAACCGUUAACUUUUGCACUGUCCUAUCUGUCUUUAGACUGGUAUAUAGUGAUCUGUGGUCUGUGCUGUGACCACAUUGUGACCGGCAAUUUAUUAGUAUUGAAUUAUUGAAUUAUUGAUAAAACUGCAAUAGGAUUCAACUCAUGGAUGGAAAAAAUGCUAAUUUAAAGGAAGCAAAACUCAAAAGCCUGUGAUGUCGGAGAUAGCAUUACCUUGAUUAAAUCUAAAAUCUAUAUUUGUAUCAACUACCGAGCUGUACCAGAGUCGGUAACACGCCGCAAGAUGUCGAGCGGAGGUGCCACCGGACCCUUGCUGUACGCCGUCUUUGCGGCCGUACUUGGAAUGCUUCAGUUUGGAUUCAACACGGGAGUUAUUAACGCACCGAGGCAAUUUAUAGAAAAUUUUAUCAAAGAAAAUUACAACGUCAACUCCGGUACCGUGUUCGGCGUUAUCGUCAGCAUAUUCGCCAUCGGGGGCAUGAUUGGAUGCCCGCUAGCGAGUUGGAUCGCAGAUAAACGAGGUCGCAAAUUCGCUUUACUCGCGAACGCUGCGUUUGGCGUAGUCGGAGCGGUUUUCAUGGGCUUUAGCAAAGUUUCAUCGUCACUUGCGAUGUUGAUUAUCGGCAGAUUUUUAAUCGGAAUCAACUGCGGCUUUGCUACAACCGCCUCUCCUACGUACGUGUCAGAAGUUGCACCUGUGAGGUUACGUGGUGCGUUCGGAACGGUUAACCAGUUGGCUGUAGCUUUUGGAUUGGUUGGAGGACAGAUUUUAGGCAUCGACGUCGUACUGGGAAGUAACGACGGUUGGCCCUGGCUGCUCGGCUUGGCCGUUAUACCAUCGGCAGUUCAAUGCCUGAUGAUACCGUUUGCACCAGAAUCUCCACGAUACCUUUUACUCGUACAGCGCGAUGAGGAACAAGCGCGUAGCGUAUUAACGAAAAUUAGAGGAACAUCUGAGAUCGACGACGAAAUCAAGGAUAUGCACGAUGAGGAUCGAGCAGAGAAACAGGAGGAGAAAUUUACUAUUUUAGAUCUGAUCCGCAUUAAGUCUCUGCGUACACCGCUAAUCAUCGGCAUCGUAAUGCACCUUUCGCAGCAGCUCGGGGGAAUUAAUGCCGUUCUGUACUACUCGUCCACCAUUUUCAUCAACACUGGACUCAAUGAACGAGAUGCGCGGUUGGCUUCCAUUGGUGUCGGAAGCAUGUUGUUUAUAAUGGCUCUAGUAUCGAUACCGUUGAUGGAUCGCCUCGGCAGAAGAACGUUGCAGUUGUGCGGCCUUGGCGGCAUGACGCUGUUUUCUGUACUGAUGACAAUAGCAUUCUUCACAUACGAAAAUAAUACAACAAUGAGUGUGUUUGCUGUUAUAUUUACAUUAAUGUACGUGGGAUUCUUCGGCGUUGGCCCCAGCUCUAUUCCUUGGAUGAUCCUGUCCGAGUUGUUCGGUCAGGGCGCUCGAAGUGCCGCCGUCAGUGUGGGAGCUCUCAUCAACUGGUUCGCCAACUUCAUUGUUGGUCUUUCGUUCAUUCCUUUGUCAACUUUACUAGGCAACUUCGUGUUCUUACCAUUUACGAUACUUUUGAUUAUAUUUUUCGCAUUUACUUAUUUCAAAUUGCCUGAAACCAAAAACAGGACAAUCGAAGAAGUGACGGCUCUGUUCAAGAAAUAGUUUUGUCUCGAAUAGUUAGACUUAAGCUACAUUCCUUAGAUGUAAGAGAAUCUACCUAAUAACGCAAUAAGCGAUCACUACCAAUAAUUGUGAUAGUUACUGUAUUAUCUCGUUAUAUUAUAAACACUUGAGACAACUUUGUAGGACCUCGUAUUUACUCAUCGAAAUCGUUCGUCUUCGAUUUCGAAGAGCAAUUCAAGCUAGGAAGACUGAAACCUUACGUACGUUAAAUCUAUUUUAUUCUACCGAUGUACUUAUUACCUUGGAAUAAUAAAUUAAAAGUAAUAUUUAAGGGGAAGUUUAUCAUAUUAAGUAUUAUAAAACACGUAUAGUACAUAAUAUCUUGCCUUUAGUAUUUUAACGUCGAUCGUAACGUAUUUUCAUGAUUAUUGUGUGAUAUUAUUGUUAUAAUUUUUCUUUUUGAGGACCAAGAUUUUAAUUUUAAUCGCAUCGUUCCACAGUAGUGUUUAAGAGAUAUUUUGUUUGUUGUUUUAAGAUGUUAUAAUCUUUUUAAUUUGAACAAUUUGACUUUGGUGCUCAAUUGUUUUGAUAUUUUCUUUAAAGUUUUACAGUGCCUUAGUGUUUCAUAGGCUUUGUUCCCUUUAUUACCAAUCAUGAUAUUACAUUAUGGAAUUGUUCGUCUAAAAUAAUAACUGUUGCAUCUAUUAAUCUGUAGUUAUUUUAUAAAUAGUUGAAGUUUUUAAACUCUGUAGUUCACCGUCCUAGUGUAUUUUUUAGUGCCAAGAACACCUUAUAUGAUAGAAAAUAAAACUGUUAAAGUUAAUGGAAAAUGUAUUACUUAUAUUUAAAGUAAGCCCUGUAGAAUAUUGCACAAUUUUUAUACUAACUCGCAACAAAGGUGUUUUUAGGACUUCAUCUUUAAUCAUGAACGUAAAAGUUUAAGAUAAUAAAUGAACUCAUGCACCACUUACGUAGGUACCAGGAAAAGUAAAGAUGACUUAGGUAUCCCCUAAAGACGUUUUGUACGAAAGAAAAACAGUAUUCACUGUAUGCUCAGAUAUACCUACUACCUAAUAUGUUUAUGUACGUAUUAAACGCAUUUGCACAUUUCCUUUUUUAUGCAAUCUAAUAGAUUAGGUGAAGACAAUUUUUAUUUUUUUUCGGAA